AUGAGUGUCACCCCCAUUGCUGUCACCGGAGCGAGUGGUGGUGUUGGUGGAUUCGUUGCGCGCAACCUCGCCGCCCGCCAGCUCCCUCAGCGGCUCUUGGUCCGCACUCCCAGCAAGGCGCCGAAACUACCCCACAGCGAGGUACACCAGGUCGGCUACAGCGACCAUGCCGCCGCCAGCGCAGCACUGAAGGGUGUGCACACGCUGUUAAUGGUCUCAGCCUCCGAGAGCGAAGAACGUCUCAAUCAACACCGCUCCUUCGUCGAUGCCGCCGCGAAAGCCGGCGUACAGCAUAUCGUCUACACCUCCUACAUAGCCGCUGCACCAGAUGCCGUCUUCACGCUCGCACGCGACCACUACGUAACGGAGGAAUAUAUCAAGGCCAGCGGCAUGCGCUGGACCUUUCUGCGCGACAGUUCCUACAUCGACUUUAUGGAAUCCCUAGUCGGCGCGGACGGUGUCAUUCGCGGCCCGGCAGGCAGCGGUCGCGUCUCGAUCGUCGCCCGCGAGGACGUUGCUCGCCUCGCCGCCGCUGUGCUCGCCGACCCAGAUCCGCACGCUGGAGUUACAUAUGAUGUCACUGGUCGUGAGGCACUGUCCAUGUCGGACGUCGCUGAGAUCAUUAGCGCAGUUCGCGGUCGCGACGUACGGUUCCACAAUGAGACUAUCGAGGAGGCUUAUGCGUCUCGCGCAAACUACGGUGUACCGGACUGGCAGGUUGAUGCCUGGGUCAGCACGUACGUUGCCAUUGAGAGCAACGUUAUGGCGCCUGUCUCCAACGCAAUCCAAUCCGUUACUGGCUGCGCGCCGAUGACGCUUGCCGAGUACUUGACUGCCAACCCCUAA